GGUGCCGACCAACCCCCAGGAUGGCGGAAGCGCACCAGGCCGUGGCCUUCCAGUUCACGGUGACCCCAGAGGGGGUCGACUUCCGGCUCAGUCGGGAGGCCCUGAAACACGUCUACCUGUCUGGGAUCAACUCCUGGAAGAAACGCCUGAUCCGCAUCAAGAAUGGCAUCCUCAGGGGCGUGUACCCUGGCAGCCCCACUAGCUGGCUGGUCGUCGUCAUGGCAACAGUGGGUUCCUCCUUCUGCAACGUGGAUGUCUCCUUGGGGCUGGUCGGUUGCAUCCAGAGAUGCCUCCCUCAGGGGUGUGGCCCCUACCAGACCCCGCAGACCCGGGCACUUCUCAGCAUGGCCAUCUUCUCCACGGGCGUCUGGGUGACGGGCAUCUUCUUCUUCCGCCAAACCCUGAAGCUGCUUCUCUCCUACCAUGGGUGGAUGUUUGAGAUGCAUGGCAAGACCAGCAACUUGACCAGGAUCUGGGCUAUGUGUGUCCGCCUUCUAUCCAGCCGGCACCCCAUGCUCUACAGCUUCCAGACAUCUCUGCCCAAGCUUCCUGUGCCCAGGGUGUCAGCCACAAUUAAGCGGUACCUAGAGUCUGUGCGCCCCUUGUUGGAUGAUGAGGAAUAUUACCGCAUGGAGAUGCUGGCCAAAGAAUUCCAGAACAAGACUGCCCCCAGGCUGCAGAAAUACCUGGUGCUCAAGUCAUGGUGGGCGAGUAACUAUGUGAGUGACUGGUGGGAAGAGUACAUCUACCUUCGAGGCAGGAGCCCUCUCAUGGUGAACAGCAACUACUAUGUCAUGGUCCAGCCUGGCACCCCACCCCCAUCUCCAGGUCCAGCCAGGCCCUCGGAGGCACCCUCAUCCCAAGUCCAUGUGGCCACUGCUUACCCUGCCCCGUGCUGCAGGGUGGAGUGGGCGCAGGCACGCCAGGCCUUCUUUAGCUCUGGAAAGAACAAGGCUGCCUUGGAGGCCAUCGAGCGUGCCGCUUUCUUCGUGGCCCUGGAUGAGGAGUCCUACCGCUAUGACCCCGAAGAUGAGGCCAGCCUCAGCCUCUAUGGCAAGGCCCUGCUACAUGGCAACUGCUACAACAGGUGGUUUGACAAAUCCUUCACUCUUAUUUCCUUCAAGAAUGGCCAGCUAGGUCUCAAUGCAGAGCAUGCGUGGGCAGAUGCUCCCAUCAUUGGGCACCUCUGGGAGUUUGUCCUGGGCACAGACAGCUUCCACCUGGGCUACACGGAGACUGGGCACUGCCUGGGCAAACCGAACCCUGCGCUCCCACCUCCUACGCGGCUGCAGUGGGACAUUCCAAAACAGUGCCAGGCGGUCAUCGAGAGUUCCUACCAGGUGGCCAAGGCGCUGGCAGACGAUGUGGAGCUGUACUGCUUCCAGUUCCUGCCCUUUGGCAAAGGCCUCAUCAAGAAGUGCCGGACCAGCCCCGAUGCCUUUGUGCAGAUCGCACUGCAGCUGGCGCACUUCCGGGACAGGGGUAAGUUCUGCCUGACCUAUGAGGCCUCAAUGACCAGAAUGUUCCGGGAGGGACGGACUGAGACUGUGCGUUCCUGUACCAGCGAGUCCACAGCCUUUGUGCAGGCUAUGGUGGAGAAGUCCCACGUGAAAGCAGACCUGCGAGAUCUCUUCCAGAAAGCUGCUAAGAAGCACCAGAAUAUGUACCGCCUGGCCAUGACCGGGGCAGGGAUCGACAGGCACCUCUUCUGCCUUUACUUGGUCUCCAAGUACCUGGGAGUCAGCUCUCCUUUCCUCGCUGAGGUGCUCUCGGAACCCUGGCGUCUCUCCACCAGCCAGAUCCCCCAAUCCCAGAUCCGCAUGUUUGACCCAGAGCAGCACCCCAAUCACCUGGGUGCUGGAGGUGGCUUUGGCCCUGUAGCAGAUGAUGGCUAUGGAGUUUCCUACAUGAUCGCGGGCGAGAACACGAUCUUCUUCCACAUCUCCAGCAAGUUCUCAAGCUCAGAGACGAAUGCCCAGCGCUUUGGAAACCACAUCCGCCAAGCCCUGCUGGACCUCGCUGAUCUUUUCCAAGUGCCCAAGACCGACAGCUGAAGCCCUUAGGUACCUGUGUUUUGUUUGGGAACUAGGAGGCCCUCCCCCUUCCCCAGCUCAGACCACAGAGGUGGCAAGAGAAGGGCUGAAGCUGGAAGACUGUUCAUGAGGGACUUGUGUGACCUGCUUUGAAAUGUGUGACUCUGCUAAGUGGCGUAGGCUCUGAGAUAGCUGUGUCCAUGCCCACGUGUUUGCUUGGAAUAAAUUCUUGCUUCAGAACCUUCA